AUGAUCCCCGCCAGAAACGAUAUGCAACAGUCGCAGUGUCAGGUAGAGCCCUCUGACUGCAGCGUCAACGGCUCGGUGAGAACCCCUAUCGAAGCAGCCAAGGUUGACGACCCUAACCAUCGGUUAGCAGGGCCGAAACACUUCAUGUUGACCCCUAGUGGAUCGGUGGUGGAUGGUGAGGGCGGGACAGAGGCGUCAGUUGACGGCCUGUUAUCUGCGCCUCCCCUCGGUAGUACACUGGGCUGCCUGCCUUCGGGACUGCAUCAGUCGGCUAGACACGGGAGUAUGACUCUACGACACAAAGUCGAGAAGGUCUCCGAAGGUAUCGAUUUGCUCCGACAGGCUCACAAUGAUGCAGCGUUCAGCGCUCAUUCGAGGUGUGAUGACCUUCAGAGAGACAUCCAGGCUGUUCACGAGGGUAUAGCGCAGUGGAAGGUGGAGGUGGCGGCCAGUGCUCGAGAUCAACAUCAAUACGUCAACGAGCUGAAGACCAUCCUAGAAGGGCACAUCAGGCGGAGCGAAACCUGCAUCAUACAUGUUCAGAAUCAACUCGAAAGAGCUGCCAAGAGGCAGGAUCGGCUCGAGCACGCAGUUCGACUGCUGGAGGCACAGGUCCUCCAAUGA